GUUGAUGUUCUUUUGCAAAGUUCAACGUCGGCCAUUCACGAAGCGCCUCGGAUCCCGUUAAGUAUGACCAGAAAUCCCGUAGAUCCUUCUAGCUGCGAGGUCGACGACUGGCUCGUCGUGGACAGUGACGGCAGUCGUGACUCCACCGCAGAUAUCGACGAACAGCCAGAGAUCAAUAGCCCGGAAGUGCGUGGGAAAGAGCGUGGUCUUGAAGCGUCACAGACUCAGAAUCAGAUUCUGGACAACCAAAAGCUCCAAACACCUGCGUCUGAUAACAACCAGGAAUCAGAAUUGAAUCAGGCGAAUGACUUGCUCAAGCUGCUCGUGUGGCAUGACGGGCUGGAGAAGCCCAUCGAGCUCGUCGAUGGGAAUCAGAAGCCGCUUCUGGUAGCUCUCAAGCCUUGCUCGGCACGAGAGCUGCUGAAGAUGAUGCAGGAGCUGAUUCUCGUGCAACCUCAGCUACGUGGGGUGUUCCCCCAAGUGACUAGAGAGAACGUCGAUGAGGUAACUCAAGUGUGUGAACGCUCAGGUGACGAUAUGAAGUGGUCUCCACUUCGGAUUUCAAAGAAAUAUGGCGAUACGGACGCGUUGAAGAGCUCUAGUGCUGCCAAACUGCAGCUAACGUCCCAGUAUGGCCUUCCUAAUGAAAACCAGUGCCACCAAUUGCUGGUUGAGAGUAAGUUUGAAGCUGGUCAUGGUGGGGAGCUUACGGAUUGGCGCUGUGGGAGGUUUUACAGUGAUAUCCUGGAGAAUUCCUGGCGUUUUGAGCUUGAGAUCGGCCAAUUGGUUGACGCUUUAGACACUGACAAACGCUGGUACGAGUCUCGCAUCGUGGAUACGGGCGCUGCCUACGUUAAAGUCCACUAUCGGGGCUGGACUUCCAAGUGGGAUGAGUGGUUACGUCGAACGUCGGAGCGUCUAGCUCCGCUGCAUACCAAAGUGUCCAAUUGGCGGGAUUUCCAGCUGGGAGAUGAAAUUCUGGUUGGCUCUGAGCUGCCUGGUAAGCGGUAUCCGGAGUGGCGUGCUGCGCGUGUGACGGCGUGUGCUAUUGAGGACGGAUCUCUUCAGAUUGAGGUGAAUGUCGAUGGAAAGAAGAAGUGGAUGGAUGCUCAGGACGAGCUUCUAUGCCAGAAGGGAACGCACAAGGCAGUCAAUGGUGGUGCAAAGCGAGAUUCGACAGGUUUUGCAGCACCCCACUCGCUACUGGUUAACUACUUUGAGCGACCAGAGGAACUACCGCCUUCACCUUCAUGUAAAAAGAAGCCUGUGAAUGAAGUCGAGUCUGUGCGUGAAGCAACACGCGCCAUGCAGUUAGCCAACCCUGAUGCAGAUGGUGACGAGUGGUGUGUUGUUGAUGAUGGCGAGAAAAGCGGGAAAGCAGAGUGCAAUAGCCAAACAGAUACCACAGCUGUGGAAAGUGAGGUGCCUCUUUCUGAAGGAAGUGAUACCGAUAGUCCAGAAAGUGAGUGUAAUAGUGCCGAGCAACCAAAGCGAAGCAUGGGGACGCCUACAGCCGGUCAGAUUUUCACAAUGACGACGGAGAUACUGAAUGGCGAAGUGGAUUCGACUGUUUGUGAGGAAGAUGCGUGGCGCUACGAACUUUGGAUCGGCCAGUUGAUUGACGCACGUGAUACAGACAACGUUUGGUAUGAGUCGCGGGUGGUGGCUUUGAGCUCGACCCUUGUGAAGCUACACUAUCGCGGGUGGACGUCCAAGUGGGACGAGUGGAUUGAGCGCACGUCGACGCGAAUCGCGCCGCUGUACACCAAAGUGCGGAACUGGCGUGCCUUCAAGGUGGACGAUGCUGUGAUGGUGGGGCGACAAGUGGCCUCCAAGAGAUACCCCGAGUGGCGCAACGCCGUCGUUAUCGCUCUUGAAGCGUGCGAAGUGGAUGGGCGACUUCGAAUCGAGGUGGAGAUUGACGGCUGCUACCAGUGGAUGGACGCCCAAGACGAGAUGCUGUGUCCUCCAGGAACACACAAGGCUGUGAAUUCGUCGAUGCUGAAGCACAUGGUCCCGUUGUUCUAAGGAUGGGGUCUGGGUAGUUUGUGUGAACUUUCAGGAGUCGUUUGGUAUGGUAGGAGUCAUGCACAAUUGAUUUUUUUUCUCUAUUCACAUUCAUUUUAAGAUCCGA